AUGGACUUGGCCUUGAACUGGUACAACCUUGGAAAAGCCACCAAAGAGACGAAAACACAAGCACGCGCAUCACAUGCUACGGCGCCCUCUGCGCUCGGGUUUCAAUCUACAGAUGCCGCAAAGUAUUGGCUGUCUGUAGGCCGCGGUGCCCAGGUUUGGCUCGAGCCACAAGCUGCAACUUCGGUCACAUCUGUAUCGAUCACCACUAACUUCAAGUCACAAUUGAUCAACAUUGCGGACAUCCGUUUCACCCUCUCUGAGGCAGCGUCGCUGCUGGAAAAGCUGAGCAACUCCUGCAGAGAAUGGAGUCUCACUGAUCUCAAGUGCAUUGAGGAUGAGCUCCUGCAUACCCUCUCGAAUGUUCGAAUGUUAGUAAAUGCACAACACCCUGUCAAUCGCCUUCCUGUCGAGAUUCACGGCGAAAUCUUCCAUCAGGUGCCACCACCGUUGACAACCAAUCUGGAAGACCCCAGCCUCGAAGAAUUAUUAGUCUGGGAUUCCCUCUUCGAUUUCAAGGAUACUGAUGCGUUGCUUCCACUAACCCAUGUGUGUCGUCGGUGGCGCGAUGUGGCAUUGGACACACCCACUCUUUGGACAACCAUCUACGGCUCCUCUCAUCCUGAUGCCAUUAGCGAGUAUCGUAUCCGCUCGCAAAGCGCGCCGUUGAGAGUGCUCAAUGUUGAAGAUGAAGAUCUCGACGUGGAGCAGCUAUGGCGCACUGACGGACAGCGCAUUCAGUCGCUCGCCUCGUAUACAGGGCGCGAUUCCGACCUACCCGCGUCCUAUGCCCACGGACUUCAAGCCUUGGCGGCAUGGGACUGCCAGUUUCAAGGCGAUGUUUCUAACGUCAAGGUGCUUGUCCUACGGGCGGUGGAUUGGCAUCUCCCCAGCUCCCUCACCAAUCUCACGCACUUUUACUUCGCGCAAAAGCGGUUACAUGCUGUAGACUUGUUUCACAUCUUGUCGAUUGCACCGAGGCUAGAGGACCUGGGUUUAGACAAAAUCAUUGCUGAGGACGCAUUCGACCCUCAUGAAAAUAUCCCUGCUGUGACUCUCCACCAUCUUCGCCGUCUCGCAAUCUGUUGUCCAGACAGGAACAUGGUAUCCGGAUUCUUUUCACACGUCGGGCUUCCUGCGCGCUUGGCGGUCAACUUCGAACGCUGUAAAGUGUCCGACUUUCAAUGGCUAGUCCCUCUGACGCAGAUUGAUGCAAAGUCUUUGUACAUCUCUGCCUGGACGCACUCGGUAGUCGCAGCUGGCUCUUCGAAAGCGGUGCGCUUCAGUAAUUACCAUGACUUCGGAAGAAUGGACCGAUGGAUCACGGCUCUACUGUCACAUUUCCAUUUGAACGAUCUCUGGAUUGCGAGUACUAAUAAGGAAGACGAGGCGAUCUCUGGACGAAUUCGAAUGUCACGUGGAACGAGGCAUGGGCCGUAA